AUGUCUAGUAAACCCGAUAAAUAUGGUAUGAAAAUAAUGAUGAUGAACGACUCUAAAACUUUUUAUAUGGUUAAUGCAAUUCCAUAUGUGGGAAAAGUUAAUGUAGAGAAUAAUGAGCCAGUACCUACUUAUUAUGUUCGGAAACUCUCAGAACCAAUUCAUGGAACCCACCGUAAUAUAACCAUAGACAACUGGUUCACCUCUAUACCUCUAUAUGAGGAAAUGUUCCAUCAGUAUAAAUUAUCAAUUCUAGGAACACUGCGAAAAAAUAAAAGAGAGAUACCCACAAGCUUCUUAGGAAGAAAAGCAGUUGGUACGUCCCUUUUUGCUUUUGAUCACAACAAAAUGCUUGUUUCGUAUACGCCUAAGCGAAAUAAUGUUGUGCUUUUACUAUCCACUUUGCAUCCUGAUUCAUCCAUUAAUGUUGAUACUGGAAAGCCAAACCUGAUACAUUCAUAUAAUGAAACGAAGGGAGGAACGGAUAGUUUUGACCAGUUAUGUCAUUCUUACACGACAUCACGCAAAACUAGAAGGUGGCCCGUGAGAAUAUUUUUCAAUAUGUUGGAUGCCAGUGAAAUUAAUGCUAUGAUUAUAUUCUCUCUUGUGAAUCCAGAUUGGAAAGAAAAUACUAAAAAUAAUCGUAAAACGUUUCUCAAAGAACUAAGUAAUUCAUUAAUUGAGCCACAUUUACGAGAGCGGGCACAAGUGACUACGCUGCGAUCAUAUCUUCGGCUUAGCAUUAGUGAAAUUCUAGGAAUGGAUGCGCCACAAAGACAGCAUCCAGCAACAGAUUUGCCAAGAAAGGUUAGAUGUGCAAUAUGUCCACGUGGUGAAGACAGAAAAACUAACUUUGGAUGUUCUAAAUGCUACAAACCAUAUUGUUUGGAGCACAGGGCUAAACUUUGCUGCCAAUGUGAAGACACAAACUGA